AUGUCUUACGACGGGGACCGCCGGGGAGGCAACAGCCGAUCCGAUGAUCGAGAGUAUGGAGGCGGCGGAAGUAGAGGCGACAACUACUAUGAUCAGAGUCAACGAUAUGAUGACGAACAACAAGGCCGCCAGGGUCAACGAUACGAUGACGACCAACAAGGCCGCCAGGGCCAACGAUAUGAUGACAACGGGCGCAGUGAGGGUUAUGGGAGACAAGGCGGAGGUCGCAAUGAGGAGUACUCCGGGGGUCGUGAGCAAGAGAGACGCCAUGGUCGUGAUGACGAUGGCGGUCGCCAACAAGGCAGUGGGUAUGACGAUGAACCGCCUCGCCGUCAUGAACGAAGAGAUGACAAUGAGUACGGCGGCUCGACAGGUGGCUACGGUGAAGAACGUCGAUAUGAAGGACGCCAGAACCAAAGCUACGAAUCAGGAGGUUACAGUGGUGGCGGUGGUGGCUCUUCUGGAGGUUAUGGUGGAUCUUCGGCGGACUUCGAUCAAGCCGAAAUCCUGCGUCACAGUCAACAGCAUGGGGGAGGAUCCGGCAACUCUGACCUUUUCUCUUCGGCUCUGAGCUUCCUUGGAAACAACAAACACAGUGCCCAGGCCGAAGACAUCGAUCCAGGGCGACUGCAACAAAGUCACGAGCAAGUCUAUGGGCAGGGUGGCGGUAAUCAACAACAUGAUGCAUCAAGCUUGGGUGCAGGAGCGGCAAUGCAAGCUCUGAAGAUGUUUUCGGGGGGUGCUGGAGGCUCUGGAGGCUCUGGAGGCUCUGGAGGCUCUGGAUCACAAUCUCAGAUGAUUGCAAUGGCGAUGCAGGAAGCAUCCAAGAUCUUCGACAAACAGAAUGACCAAGGAAAUGUCCAAAGCGGUACGGACAAGCAGUCUGUGGUCAACCAAGCUGCAAAGUUUGCAUUGCAGAUGUAUAUGAAGGGUGGACAAGGAGGAGGUGGAGGUGGUGCAGGAGGCCUCAUGAGUCUGGCCAGCAAGUUUUUCUGA